AUAUGCUAUGUAAUGGGUUUCAUAUAUAAUUUUGAGGAAAAUAUCAUAGAUGGAUUCAUGAAAAUGCCUAUAUUGAUGUAAAAUAAGACAUUUAGUGUGCCCAAGAGUGAUUAUUAUGAAGUAGUAUUGGCGUCAUGAGUAGAGAGAGACUUAGCGAUUUUAAUGUGUACCUGCACACCUGCACAGUGUGUAAGUAUAUUUAGGUACACCUAAGUAUAAUUAUCAGAGUACAUAUAAAAUAUGCAGUAACUUUAAAACACUUGAAAUUUUGGAAAGUUUCAUGACAUAAUAGAUGUGGUCACGGAAAAUGUAAACAAACCGGGUAGGGGGCGCCGUAUUUGAAAGACCGCUUGCUGUAUAGCAAAUUUGGGUCAUAAUUUGACAUCACCGUAUUAGCAGAAUGCCGUAAGGCAAAACGCCAUAAAGCGGGGCCUUACUGUAUAUAAAAUAUAGAAAAAUAGUAAUAAACAACAUUUCAUAUCGUUUGUGUAAAUAUUUUUUAUAAACAAAACAAUGACAACAGUGUUUAUGCCCUUAUUGUGUAGUAUUGAAAAAGAAAAAACUUACAAAAUAAUGAUCAUAUUGGUCUCACAGGCCAUAAAAGUUACUUGGAAAAAGAAAAAUUAAAAAAAUAAUAGAAAUUAGUACAUAAGAAAGUAAAUAAAAGAAUACCGGGAGACGGCAGUCGGUGAUGUUGCCACAUUGUCCCCGUUUUUCAUCAACUUCACGCCUCCAUAUCUCGGUGUAUCAUGCUCCGGCCCAGAGAGAGAGAAACCUUCGAAGCUUGCACAUUUUGAAUCAGACAAAUUUGACACCCACUUCAAAUGCAAGACUGAUACGCCUUUAAAAUCCCAGAACAGUAAUAAAAUUGGACAGCCUCUGGACGUUGAUGUGCGUGAUGACGCAAACUCCUACACUGAUUAUGACUUAAUUGAGGUGAAAGAUGAACCAAUAAAGAUGGAAGAUUGGGUGGAUAAUGGUGACUGUGAUAAGAUGUGCAGUGACAUUGAGGACAGGAAAUAUGUAGUGACUAACUUGCAUCGCCUUGAUGACGUCUCGACAAAUAUUUCCAGGGAAAAGACCAGUUUCAGCCAAGACAUUGAUGUGAACAGUGACCCGGGCAGCUUCUUUGGGGUCAAAGAUGAACCAAUAGAGAUGGAAGAUCGGGUGGAUAACAACGAUAAUAAUAUGCAUAAUGACAGAGAUAAUAAAAAAAUAAUUCCUAACUUGCUGCCCAUCGAUGCCAAAGCGACAAACCUGCCCGGGGAAACGACCAAUUACAGCCAGAUCAAUGAGAAAUUGUUUUAUAGAGAGCCCUCCAACACCAGGUCAAAAUAUGUCUGCAUUUUGGAUGACAGUGACUCAGAACCAGAGGUAGAUGACCCUGAAUUGCUUGAUAGUGGUGAUGAAUACUUGCCACCGGAUGCAGAGGUGUCAAGUGAUGAUGAAGAGGAAGAAAGGCCAGCCAAAAAGCAGAAAUUAGUCAAGAAAAAGAGAGGCAUUACGAUCGAGGAGUACCCUGAUGAGGAACAUAUUUAUGACGAUCUUGCUCUUCAAGGUGAACCAAAGUGGUCCCAGGUUGACCUCCAAAAUGACCCUUUGCCAGCAUAUGAACAUGAAAAGCCUCUUCAAAUUAGGUCUCCAUAUCAGUAUUUUUGUGAUUUCUUUAGUCAAGACAUGGUAGAUAACAUAGCAUUUCAAACAAAUUUGUAUGCCAAGCAAAAAACCAUAACUAAUAAUUUUGCAACAGAUUCUGAAGAGAUCAUGAGGUUCAUAGGUAUUUUGUUGUUCAUGGGUAUUGUUCAAAUACCAUCACUCGAAGACUAUUGGGCAGGUUCAUUUAGGAUCCCCCAGGUUGCAGAAGUCAUGGGGUCUAAGAGGUUUAGGUUACUUAGAAGGACUAUCCAUUUCAAUGACAACACACAAAAGGAUAAUGACAGAUUCCACAAAGUAAGGCCUCUUUACACUGCACUAACUAAUGCUUGCUUGAAAGUUCCAGCUACACCUAAGCAAUCUAUUGAUGAAGUCAUGGUUGGUUUCAAGGGUAAAACUGCUGGAAACCUAAGGCAGUACAUCAAAACGAAACCAGAUAAGUGUGGUUUCAAACUUUUUUGUCGUGCAAGUGAAGAUGGAAUCAUACAUGAUAUACUCGUGUAUCAAGGCACACCAACUUUUGACAGCCAUCCCAUAAAGCUUCAACAGGAAGAAACUAAACUACCAAUAAGUACAAAGAUUGUUCUGGUACUUGCAACAACUCUGAACAAGACCAACACAUCAGCAAUCUAUGCUGACAAUUUCUUUUCAAGUCUAUAUUUGGUCAAGGUACUAAGAGAUAAGUAUAACUGCAGAUACACUGGAACAGUACGUGAAAAUAGAUGUGGUAAGCCAGAUCUGAUGCCUAUCAAACAAAUGGAGAAGAACAUUGUGGACAGGGGCAAUUUUAGCUUCAAAAACAAUGAUGGUGUCCUUGUUGUAAGAUGGAAGGACAACAAAGUUGUGACUUUAUUGACAAGUGAUGUAGGGAUCAAUCCUGUGAGUCUUGUUGAAAGAUAUAACAAGGUUACAAAGUCCAAAACCGAGUUACAGUGCCCUGCAGUCAUCAAGAACUAUAAUGCAAACAUGGGAGGUAUUGACAAAAGUAACAUGUUGGUGGAUCUGUACAAAACACCAAUGAAAUCUAAACGUUGGUACAUGCGGCUGUUUGCCUAUGUUCUUGAUCUUGCUGUUGUGAAUGCAUGGCUUGUUUACUGCCGUGAUUGUCAAUCAGUAAAUGCCAAGUGCAUGUCAUUGAAGCUUUUCAGGAAUGAAAUCUCUGUCACCGCAAGGUCUAAAGGCCAAAAGUAUAGACACAGCACCCUAAGAACAUCUACAAGACCUUCACCAAGUAAUUCACCAUGUACUUCCAAUGGUGUCAGCAUGGUGACAGCUCUGCAUGGCCAACGUGCAGAAAGGCCUGAUGACAGUGUGAGGCUUGACAAAGCUCUAAACCACUGGCCAGUGUUAGGGAAGUCGCUUAGUUGCAAGUAUUGUAGCAACUCGAAAAAAUUUGUCACAACCGCAUUCUACUGUUCUGUAUGCAAAGUAAAUCUAUGCAUAAAGAAGGCUAAAAAUUGCUUCAUAGACUUCCAUUCUAGCAAUUAGCAAUAUACAAUGAUUGCUCUUCCUCAUGAAUCUCAGGAAUAUGGGACUUGAAAGUUUUAUCCCUUUGCAAUGUGACCUUGUUGCUAUUUCUUUCAUUUUUAUAUUUUUCUAAUACUUACAAAAUGUUUUGAUACAAGUUCCAUUGAUGUUUUUGAUG